UUCGUUGUCAGUCCGGCGGAGCGGCUGCAGGAGAGAGGAGCUGCUGAGGGGAGAAGCCGCGCGCGCGCUCACGCACACACCGGUUACUCCCGUUACACACUCCGCGGAUUAUAAACCGACACACAGACCGGAGUUUAAACCCCGCUUCAGGCACGAGACAGGAAAUUAUCCCCGGACAGAGAGGAAUAAAAUCCCGCCUCGACACGGAUUAUUCAUUACACUUUGUUAACGGAAUGACGGAGUGAUAAAUCACCGGCGUGCACGCGCGAGUGUCUGAGUGAGUGAGUGAGUGUGUGUGUGUGUGUGUGUGUGUGAGAGAGAGAGAGAGAGAGGUCGCGCGCCGCUCGCCGCUCGGAGCUGUAUGGAGGUCUAGAAAGGAGCAGAGAAGCGGUUUAUGGUCCUCCUGGGUGUCUCUGGAGUGGGUCUGGGAGAGUGCGCACCUGUGUGUGUGUGUGUGUGUGUGUGUGUGUGUGUGUGUGUGUGUGUGUGAGCCGCCAUGCUGGCGUGUCUGCAGCCAAGCCUCAAUGCCACACACAGCUCCAAGAGCCUGGACACACCCGGUGUUCGCAAACGUGAACCAAGCAUGACUGUCCAGUCUCCACGCUACCCGAGCACGGCAGAACUGGAUGCCUACGCCCAGAAGACAGCCAACAGCCCGCUGUCCAUUAAAAUAUUUCCUACCAACAUCAGGGUCCCACAGCACAAGCAUCUUAACCGCACAGUGAAUGGUUACGACACAACGGGUCAACGCUACAGCCCAUACCUCCAACCAGGUGCCUACCAAGGCCUUCUGGCUAUCGUCAAAGUCUUUUCAACAUCAUCUUCGUCUUCGUCCUCUUCUUCUUCAUCAUCGUUUGUCGCUUCCGCAAAGGCUGUGGUGAAGAACUCAGAGGGCCGGCGGACUAAGGUCUCUCCUGCCCACUUAUCAGUGGCUCCCUACCAAGUGGGCUUCAGUGCGGCUCCUCCAAAGCCCCAUGAGUCUGCAGCUCUUACUGUGCCGCCGAACGUCACGGUUGCUGGGUCUGUGAUCCCUCUAGCAGGGACGAGAGGGAUCAAUCUCUCCUCUCAGUCAAAUCUCCCUUCCAUCCAGAGCAUCAUCUACCAGAUCAACCAGCACUGUCAGGCCCAGGCCCUCCAGCAAGUCUCCACGGUUCCCCCGAACCCAAAUUCCAAUCCCAGUCCUUGCAAGCAAGGCACCACUGCACUUGGGGUUUCAUCCGUCUCAGGAGGGAGUUACGCAGCAAAUCUGGCACCCAAAGGGAACGUGGGAUACUCUGGCGCGGUACUAGCAGGACAGAACGGGGAUGCAGCAAAGGUGACUGCGUAUUCCGAGAGUUUGGAUUACAUCCUCUGGCACAAGCAGCAACAGCAGCAGCAAGCCAUUUUGAGGAUGUACAGCGGGGGAAGUGGUGGAAGCGGUGCGGUGAGCAAGUCACCAGAAUCUUGUGGCCCAAGCAUCCUAGUGGGUGGAUCCCAGGCAUCCUGUUCCUCCAGGACAUACCCAAUAAUGACGAGCGUGAGUGGAGGAGGCGGCCUCGACAAACUGAGCUCCUCACCGUUGAACUGUGCCGCCAUGCAGGGGAAUUUCGCUUUGGGGCAGUAUUUUGCCCCAGCAUGGAACAGUGUCCUGGUCACCCCAGAAAGUGACUGCUACAACCCUCAGGAGUUGCCACCAGGUACAACAACCAUUGGGCAGAAGGAGCUGGGCUUCCUGCCUCAUCAACACCUUCAUCAUCACUACCACCAUCAUCACCAACACGCACCCGCAGACAGCUCAGGAGGCAUCUGCUGUGGUUUGCCAAGUAAAAGCCUGUGCAAUGCUUCUGUCCUUAGUAGCAGUUUGCAGUCGCUGGAAUACCUGAUCAAUGACAUCCACCCUCCGUGUAUUAAAGAGCAGAUGCUGGGUAAAGGCUAUGAAACCAUCUCAGUACCACGACUUCUGGAUCAUCAGCAUGCGCACAUUCGGCUUCCUGUUUACAGAUAAAGCUCCGAUCUACGGUUCCACAAAUCGGAGAUCAUUUUAAUCAAAAGUGCAGAUGGAUUUGUGGAUUGUGGUCAGUCCCGUGCUUUGAAGCAGAGUGGAAAGGUCUGGAUGGUGAUGGGUUGAACAUUGGGAAGAUCUGGAUGGUGAUUGGUUGAACACUAUGGUUAUGGUUGAAGACUGGGAGGAAAGUGAAAGUUAGAGAGAAUUUUUUUUUAGAUUUUAUUUUUUGCCAACAGGGAUUUUUGCGUUCUUAUUUUCCCCCAUUUUAUUUUCUCCACAUGAUCUGUUUGGACAGAAAUCACUUUAUGUACGAGCAGGAAAUGACUUUCCUCACUCAGACGUGUGUAUGGAAGAAGAAUACAGCUUCAAAAUGUCAACGUGCACAGUUCUAGAGGAGAUGGCAUCCACUGUCGCGAAGGAAAUGCUGUAGGAUCCGUGCGUUUGAGUGUUGUUUAAGGAUGUUAGUUAUAUUACUUUAAAAAAAAAACAAAAAAAAAAACAACCAACAACUUAAUUAUAAGAAUAAUUACGGCUAUAAUUGAAAAUUGCACUGUUUUGGAAAUCUGAAAUGUUGGGAAAAGAUUGAAAAGCUGGAAACGACUAGUUUGAGUUUAAUGUAUUUAUGAACUUGAAAACUUGAAUUUAUUUUUGUUUUAUAUAUUUGUAGUAUAUGAGAUGUAUCGGCUGCUAAGGAGAAAGAAAUGUCUUAGUUUUUUAAUGGUUCCUAUUGAGUUAUUUCUGUUUCGAGUUUGAUUGAUUGUUGUUUUUUUCCCCUCUUUUGGCUAAAAUCAGUAACUCGGAUCAGGUCCGAUCACUGCUUUUGAUCGAUGAGGGACGAACACUGGGAUCCUCCGAGGGAUUUGACCCGUGGCCAUGAUACAGGCGAUGGAGGCCCAGAAAUACACAAUGUUUUAAUAUUGAGAAUUCAGAAUGUCGUAAUAGAAGGUCCUGGUGUAUUUCCACUUUGGUUUGAAGUUUUAGGGGUUUUUUGUUUUGUUUAGUUUUAGGACCUGUGGGUGGUGUAAUUCAUGGGCGUCCACGACCAAGAGCUGUUUUUGUUUAAUCAAUAAACAAAUGCAAAAUUUCAUGAAUAUUAUUCAGGAAGAAUCCAUUAACUCUUUUUUUUUUUCAAUAUAUUUGAUGCUCUUAACACAGUGUUAAUACACUCCUCAUCAUCUCUACAGCUUUCAGCCAGCGACUGGCUUAGUCUGUAUGGUUUUUUUUUCCCCAUAAGUGGUCGGACGAACCAGUUCAUGGCAGUCGACACCGAGCCUUCUGCUUACACGUGGUAAACACGUGGUAAACACGUGUACUCUGACAGAAUCGGAGCAGACGUUCUGAUUUAGUGUUCAGGUUUUAGGAAAUUCGACUCUCUGCCUUUUGUAGGUUCUGUCUGAGACCCAGGCUCGUGGUCCUGCGAAUUUCCCAUUGCUAAUUAAUGCUAAUGAGUCGUGUGAAAGCAAAUGGCCUGGUCACAUGACGCUCUUUGAAGCAGGAGAGAAAUGGUAAAUCCAGCACUCGUUCAUUUAACUUCCUCGGAAAGAUGAAACAAUCAUUUUUCUCCAAGUCUUUGAUUUCUUUCUCUGUUGGAGAGAAAAAGGUAUAGAGUGCUCUCUCUCUCUCUCUCUCUCUCUCUCUCUCUAACACUGAAACGUUCAUUCCAGCUGUGAAGUCCCUGUGAAUGUGCUGCACUUAUCCGUCUGAGUGGACCAAUGUGAAAAGCAAAAAAAAAAAAAAAAAAAAAACGAGAGCGCGAGAAAGUAGAAGAGAAACAGGAUUGGUGCCAUGGUACUCUGUGCUGAAUUAGCAUUUCUCUUUUUUUCAGUCACGUUUUAUUGGAAAAUUGAAUUCCUAAAUUCUGGAGAGGUUGGGAGAGAGAGAGGGAGGGAGGGAGAGAGAGAGAGAGAGCGAGCGCGAGCGAAUGUUUGGGUUUCUGCCAGAGGCAAAAAGCAGUCUAGAUUUAUGAAGUGCAAUUAUUAUGACUGUAUGAAGGGUAAUUUUAUUUGCUUUUUCUGAGCUCAAACCAAAAAAAAAAGAAAAAAAGAAAAAGAAAGAAAGAAAAAAAAUUUCCUUUGUGAUUCUGGUACAUUCCUGCUGUUCUAUAUACUCAUUCCUUACUUGUUUUGAGGUGCAAAAAAAUUAAAAUAAAUGGAUUUUGAGAAUUUAUUUAAAACCCCA